CCAGUAGGUAAGGGCUUUCCACUGGAUAAUAACUGCAGCAAUGUAUAUGUUUUAGCUGAAUACACUUUUUUUUAACCCUAACUGAUGCAGUUAGUCACUUCUUUAAUGUUUGAAGAGUUUGGUUCCAAAACGCGAUAAACGCCACUUUUGAAAAAAAAUGAGUUCCCGCCAAAAUCAGUAUUGUAUUUCGUCGGUAUUGAAAAGUCAACAUUCAAUUUUACGUAAAACGCGAUAUCCGCUGUGUUAUUCUGUCUUGUUUUCUCACUUUCUUUCCAAACAGCGACAAACGCUAGUCUCCCUUCUCUACAGAAUGCGAUACAUCCGCUCAACCAAUCACAGCGCACCAUUCCACGCACCUCAACCAAUCACAGAGCAUUCCACGCAGUGUAAACAAUAAUGGCGGCACCCUGAAUGUACUGGCUUUCGUGAUUAUCUACUUCAACAAACAAUAAAAACAUGAAUAAUUUUGACGGCAUUGAUGAACCUGUGGUGGUUUCUGCGGUGGGGAAGAAACGCAAGCCAUCGAGAUGUAAUCAUGUACGUGAGGAGAUUAAGAAAAUGAGGCACUCGGGAGGAGGAAAAAUGCCGGCUGUCGCUUGUUAUCAUUCUCAUACAAAAGCAAACUUCUGUCACGCAGACACAUUGACCCCAGGGGAUCUAUUAAAAAACGUUCAGUGUUUUUACUCUGGAUCUACUCAAAUCGAGCAGGAUCAAGUCGUUUUGCAGCUGAUCACUGUCAAAAAAGUUCAGCGGAGACGUCCAAAGGUUGUCAACAGCGAUAUGCAGAAGGAUAGGGAGGUCACUAAUGAAUAUAAUUUGCUGACCGAAGAUCAUCCCACAAAAAUUCCUGUCUGCAAGGCCACCUUUUGCAGCGUUUUGGGUAUUGGCAAGGAUCGUGUGUCUCCAGUGGCAAGGUAUUAUGCACUCAAUGCUACAGCCAGACCAGAACUCAGGGGUGGUGCUCGUAAGGUGGCAGAAAAUGAUGCCAAGAAGCAGCAUGUGAUGGAUCACAUCAAAACGUUUACAUGUAGGGCUAGCCAUUAUGGAAGAAGGGGAGCACCUGGCCGGAAAUACCUACCCUGUGACCUCAGUGUGAAAAUAAUGCACGAGCUAUUCGACCAACAAAACCAUGAUGUAGUCAGCUACUCCCUGUAUUACACUAUUUUUCGACAGCACUUCAACCUUGGAUUCGGGCAUCCUGCCACAGAUGCCUGUUCUUCAUGUGCCAGGUUUCAACUGAGAGUCAAGGACCCCAGCUUGACUGAAGAAGAGAAACGCAGUGAGUCUGCAUCCUACAUCCUACACAGGAGACGAGCACGGGUGUUCUAUGAUUUGCUCGGGCAGGUAGAUCAUGAUGCAGUGACCCUUUGCUUUGACAUGAUGCAGAAUUUGGUACUCCCUAAAACCGCCAUAGGUCAGGCAUACUAUUCCAGACAGCUCUACAUGUAUCUCUUUGGUGUCGUUAUUCACCAUGAGACGGGAAGUAAGCAAGCUGUGGAUGAUGUUCAUCUGUACACAUGGAUGGAGCAUGAGAAUAGAAAAGGUAGCAAUAUGACUGCUUCAGCUCUGGACCACUGUUUACGUCAACAGUUGAGUGGUGCUCUUCACCACGCUCAGAGGCUGCGAUUGUUCAGCGAUUCUUGUUUUGGUCAGAACAAAAAUAGUAACCUGCUGUCCAUGCUGUUUUCCUUUAUGAAGGAGGCCUUUCCAAGAAUCAGUGCUGAGUAUGUGUUUCCUAUAAGGGGGCACAGUUUUAUGCCCGUGGAUCGUGUGUUUGGGAAGAUUGAGCAACAGGUUCGAAAGAAGGACACCAUUCUUAUGCCAGAGGAAUACUACCAAAUGUUGCGCAGUCAUGGCAAUGUACACGUCUAUGGGCAAGACUGGGAGGCUUAUGAUUUCAAGACAGAAACCACAGGCUUUUGUAAAGUCACAGAAGUCAUUUAAGCUAAGUGAAGCAAGAAUGCUGGAAUUCAGGAAGGAGAAACUUGGAUUCAAGGCUGUGUAUAGCGGUGAAUACUGCUACCACUCAGUGUUGAAGAGAAGAAAGAAGUGGGCAAACUUCAAGCCAAGUCAGCUUCCCAAAGAAAGCACAGUGAACGAAGCAAAAAGGAAGGAUGUCCUGAACUUGCUCUCUGAAAUUGGUGUGAAAUUGGUGUGAGUGACCAAUGUGCGCUGAACUGUUCUUUUUCAUGUUCUCACUGCCUUUUUUACAUCAAACCCUAUGGGAAAUUGCCAAAAGGCAGGCACUUUUAAAAAGCAGCGUCUUCUUCAGUGUUCCUGCAGUUGCAUGCCUCUAUACAUUCCAUGUGACUCUUUCUGAAUAGAAUAGACAGAUUAUGACCAGUACAGGUACAUUGGAAUACACGUUACAGUUAUCCUUACACUUAUUGUGUUCCUUUGUUACUUUUUUUCUCAGUUAUAGGUUCACAAUUAUCUGGUUAUGGUUUCAACAAUCUGUUAACAACAAACAGCCAGCAGUAUGCAGUCUGGCAGGCUGAUAUUCUCAAGCAGUCUAUCAUAUUUUUACGAUCUUGUACACAUUGAUCACCAUCAGUUAAUCCUCUAUACACAUACCUGCAGCGGCAGCGUUGGCUGAGGCAUCCCUUGGUAUACCCACAUGAAGUGAACUCCCUGCAGGCUUUAGCCAUAGGUGGCAAAGACAGUAGCUGUGGCACUAACUGACCUUCCUUGUGCAUCCAUCCCAUUUCAUCCACUGGAGGAAGAUCAGGAUGUGGCAGGUGAGCUUGGUUCCAGAUUGUCGAUUGAUAGUGUGAACGCAUGAUAUGAAACUUCACUGCAUCUGAGGUUGGUGGCAGAGUCUCUUGUGAACGACCUUAUGCAAAACAACUUCACUCUUGCUUUGUUGCAUUUAUCAACCUCUGGCACACCAUACAUCUGAUACAUUUCUCUGUUGAUGUCACAAUAUCUUCUGUGAGAGGGCCCUUCCCAAGGCCAGUAAGAUCGGUGUGAUGUUGCUCGAACACCUGCCAGGCUGUUUUCUUUCCGUGACCGCUGAACUGAGACACACUAUCACAGCCAGUGAUGGCAUGGAAGGCAAGGAGUGUGUCCUCUUGAUCAUCAGAUAAUAACUUGCGAAUGUCAUGUACUGGAAAAUACUUUGGAUCCUUUGAUGUCCAGGCUUUCAUGUAGAGAUGGGUACAUCCGAUUCUGUCAUGGUGUGCUAAAAGAAGAAGCACGUCUGUGUCACGCGCUGACACAACUAUUGUGUCCAUUGGAGCCUGGAUGCAGUGCAAAAUCAGACGUGCAUCAGCCUCCUCGUGGUCAGCCCUUAAAGAGGAGACAUCAAGAUCUGGAUCUGAUGACUUGACAGUGGUUGCUUCAGCAAACCCACCCGAUACUACAACCACAGGCUCAUCUUCUGGGCUGUGUUCUAUCAGACGGUUUGAGAGUAUUCGAGCGAGAUCUGCUUUGUUCUCUUCCAGUGCCAUGAAGCUUGACCAGUCUGCUGGAAGUGGAACGGAGUCAUUAACGAUUUCUCUGCGUACUGGUCGGUGACGCUGUUUACGUUUCCUCCUUGUGCCCAUUUUGAUGGACUCUUCAUGGUACCUGUCGAAGACUACAUCAACCCUCUGGUACUUCUCUCCCAUCUUCAACACCGUCUCAGCAAACUUGUUGGCAUAGUCGCCAAAUGUUGUAGUGUCAGGCGGCUUCCUAAGUGCCAUUAUAAGUGCUUGGCCAUCAAUAGCCUGGCAGCUGGGUUUCUGAAGGGGUACAUCUGCAGGCUAUUGGACAUGUUUUGUCAGUACAUUUGCUAAAACAGACUUGUUGAUGGAAUGUAGACUGCUGUUAAUUGCGGACAGAGAUGGCGGGAUGGGCAUGAGUUCAUGCUGGAGGACAUUUUCCAGGUCUACCUUACGACCUGCUCUGUAAGCUGUGACUAGCCUUUGUAGAAUCUGCCUGUCCACUUUGAUGGUGUUUUGCUUGUUCUUGGAAAGUUGCACGACUUCAUACAAAGAGGCAAAUGUCUUGGCUUUGUUCUUUCGAAUGGGUGACUUCAGUCCCAAGUGCUGGUCACUAGCUGGAGGUUCACACAGACCACAAGGUCCACAAACACUUCCAUUUGUGCCUGUCCAAGGUGUUCUGCACCAAGCAGAGAUUAUUGAAUUACAACAGACCAUUAAUCAAAAGUUCCUGCAGCAGAAACCUAUCUGUUAGUGCUAUAGCCACAUUUAAGGAAGAGAUUCCACCAAUACUUAACUUGAUAUCAUGUCUGCAUGUAAGAGAGGAAACUUAUACAAAAUGUACACCGCCCCAAAUUGAUCAUGUUGUUGAUAGUGCUACAGAUGCACUGCAAAUAAAAUCUUUCUCACUCUGUUGCUCCUUUGAAAAAGAAGAAAAUAAAACAUAGACUAGCUCCAUGGCAUAAUGCCGAAACCCGCAAAAUAAAGCAAAA